AUGUCUUUUGAUGAGGCCACGGGGAGCUCAGCUGCCCCGGGAACACCGCGGCGAUCCAACGUCAAGUAUGUCAGUGCAGCGGCGCUAAAUCUAGAACGUGUCUAUGAGCAGAACCGAGCACGACUUCAGCAGAGAGAUGGCGCUUUAUCACCAACGAGCGAGCAGGCUUCUGUCAACGCCGGGAAGGGAAAGCCUAGAUUGUUGCUAAUGGGCCAGAGACGAAGCGGAAAGUCAUCCAUAUCAAGUGUGGUCUUUCAUAAGGUACCACCAAACGAGACACUAUUCCUGGAGUCGACAGUGAGGAUACACAAAGACUCGAUGGCAUCGUUCAUGGACUUUCAGGUCUGGGACUUUCCGGGCCAGAUCGACUUUCUCGACAACCCCAGCUUCGACAUCGACGCCGUCUUCGGUGAGAUAGGCGCCCUCAUCUGGGUUAUCGACGCGCAGGACGACUACCUCGAGGCCGUGUCCCGCCUCAACGCCACUAUCCUGUACCUCCAGCGCAACUACCCCUCUAUCAACAUCGAGGUGUUUAUCCACAAGGUGGACGGGCUGUCGGACGACUACAAGCUCGAUAUCCAGCGCGACAUCACGAUCCGCAUCCAGGAUGAGCUGUCGGACGAGGGCUUCGAAAACGCCCCCGUGACCUUUCACCUCACGUCCAUCUACAACCAUUCCAUCUUCGAGGCCUUUAGCAAGGUUAUCCAGAAGUUGAUCCCGCGCCUGGGCCAGCUCGAGGCCAUGCUCACGAAUCUGUGCCGCACGUGUCGCUUCGAGAAGGCCUAUCUGUUCGACGUGCUGUCCAAGAUCUACAUAGCCACGGACUCGGCUCCGGCCGACAUGGCCAGCUACGAGAUCUGCUCCGACUACAUCGACGUCAUCAUCGACGUGAGUAUGGUCUACGGCAGCUGGUCCCGAAGCAAGGCCCAUCGUGACCGGCUCGAGGGUCCACCCUGGUCCCAGAAACUUGAGGACCAGGUCGCCGUGUCCUUUGCCGAGAGCCAUAUCGUCGUCAACGAGGGCCUGCGCCCCAUCAUGUUGCGCGAGGUCGACCGCUACCUCGCCCUCGUGGCCAUCAUGAAGGAAGGGAGCUAUGAGAAGAUGCCGCUGGUGAACAUGAACGUCGAUGUGGUUGCCAAGGGGCUGACAGACUUUUUUGAGGUGACAAAACGGGGGAAGUGAGAAUUGGUGUGCAGAAGAGAGCUAGAGAGAAAGAUACAGAAAGGGAUGGCCAAACCACUUACCGAAAAGAAACGAUUAUCUUGAGAGAGAGAAAAGAAAAUCCGUUUCUCUGAUGGGCAAUGCGUAUUCGAUGGGUGUUUGGAUUACAUGUGCAAAGAUAGCUUAUUAAAAGUGCAUUUCUCCU